AUGUCGGAAAUAUACAACGAAACCCUGGAACGGGAGAAGUAUAUCCGCAGCCAGGGAUACGUGCUUCCACCUGGGGACUUGAAAUUGCCAGUACUACCAUAUCGCUCGGGUGGUAAGUUAACCUUUCCUUUGUGCCGGACAUGUGUGGACAAGUACCAAAACACCAAGUGUGAGCACACCGAUGAAGAGCGCGCUUUAACGGGAGCCUGGUGUACACCGGAAAUAAACGAAGCUGUGAAGCGCGGAUAUGUGGUCGAAAAGAUUCACGAAGUCUGGCAUUUCGAGCAGUACGAAGACCGUCUUUUUGAAGAGUAUAUCAACAAGUUUUUGAAGAUCAAAACGGAAGCAAGCGGUUGGCCUGCUCACGUCCACACUGAAGAUGAAAAACAUCAAUACAUUCAGGAUUUUAAACAACAUGAGAAGGUUGAACUAGAUUAUGAUAAAAUCACUCCAAAUGCUGGACUGCGUUCACUAUCGAAACUGUGUUUAAACAGUUUCUGGGGACGUCUGGGAAUGCAAGAAAACAAACUCAGCACUGCCUAUAUAACCGAACCGGAAAAGUUUUACGACAUGUUGUUGUCUGGAAAGUAUCACGUGCAUUCUUGGGACAUGUUCUCGGAGGAUGUGGUGCAGUUGACAUACACCAAAGAAAGCGGUUUCGUGGAUCGUAAUCCGAACACCAAUGUCAUCUUAGCGGCGUUAACAACAUGCUGGGCACGACUCCAUUUGUACAAAUUUAUGGACAUGGUCGGGGAUCGGUUGCUGUACUGA